UUCGAUUUUGUCACCGAUGAAAAUUGUCAGAAGAGCAAGAUUUUCUUUAUUGCUUGGUCUCCUGAUACAUCAAAAGUUAGGAGUAAGAUGGUAUAUGCUAGUUCCAAGGACAGAUUCAAGAGAGAGCUUGAUGGCAUCCAGGUGGAGUUGCAAGCAACCGAUCCUAGCGAGAUGAGCAUGGACGUUGUAAAAGGUCGAGCUAUAUGAAGAAUAAACAAAAAUAUCUUUCACUUCGUUCUCAAGAUCUUGUCCCUCUUUUCACACAAUCAGCUAUUCUGGGAUGCAUCCUUACGUUAAGGAUGGGUUAUGUUGAUCUUUACGUUUGGUGAUGUUUGAGUAGAGCACCGAAAGCAUGUGAACAAUGUUAUAAUAUUCAUUCCUUUUAUUUAUAAAAUAAUGUUAAAGAUUGUAAAUGCCCCUUAAAUAUUUGUUUUUGAAUGCGUAAUAGAUGAAGCAAUUAUUAAUUUCUCUGGCAA